UUUUAUUAGAAAUAUUUAUAUAAUAUUCGUACAGUUGCAUGCAAUGUUGUAAAUGUACUAGGCCUACUGAGUAAAGGCAUGCACACAAGCAAUAAAAGUGGCUCUUUAUUCAUCAAUGACAUCUAAUAGAUAUUUGUAUUGACUGGUGAGUCAUAUGUACACACAACUGGGCAUUGCAAAAUACAUAGAAACAUGAGGGCAUGCUUCAACAGAGAAAAAGGGAUAAUUGAUGCCCCUAAAAUCCAGUUUAAGUUAAAUGGUAAUCUACAAAGAUUCUCCGCAAAUGAGAAAGCUUGUUGAACCUGACUUUGGGUUACCCUCCGCUCCAUGCUCCUCUCUCCUCUCUCUCCCUCUCCGCUCUGGCUGCGCUGCUUUCGGAGGGCUCCUUAUAAAUUAAAUCCAGCGUCCCUGGUCCCCCUUCCUUAUUGGUCAGGUGGAGUCGUUACCUCACUCCGGGCCCUGUGACGCAGCGUCUUCACGUAUCCUUCAUGUGCGCCUCUUCUUGUUUCUUAUUGAGAGUCUUGCUCAGAGGGGGAAAACAGGAGUCGCGAGGAGCAGACAGUGCCGGACGGACCGGGUGCGCUCGAUACUAAACACUUCCCAUCCCGGGAGGAGAGCGGCGCACAAGAGCAGACUCUCUCUCUCUCUAUCUCUCUCUCUCACUCUCUGUCACUCGAUCUCUCCCACACACACUUUCUCUAUGAGUCUAUCUCUCCAGCACACACACACACCCAUGCCCGCGCGCGCACGCUCCGCAUACGUCUCCACUUUGCCGUAGUAAAUUACGGCAUUGAUCUCAAAGACGAGUCCGGAUCUGUGUCUUGUGUUCGCCCUUUCUUCGACGGACGGACUUGGAGAAACGCUCGAGAGAGAAGUGCCUCUUCUCAUCCUGCGUGUCUGCGAGGACCCUUGGCCAUGUCCGAUUAGCUGCCCUGCGUGAUGCCUGAUCAUGACAGCAACACCCUUUUAACCACACAGACAAAGCGCCGACGUGUCGACAUUGGGGUGAAAAGGACUGUGGCUAGUGCAUUAUUCAGCCGCGCCAGGGAGACCCUGCUCGAAAGCAUGAACCAAUCACACGGCCACGAUCAGGACGGAGACUGCUCUCUAGUCAGUCGCGGACAUGGCGGCUCCAACAGUGACGGGGAGAAGUCCAAUGUUUUGAGGAAGUUGCUUAAAAGGGCCAACUCGUACGAAGACGCCAUAAUGCCUUUCCCUGGUGCCACCAUCAUCUCUCAGCUACUGAAGAGUAACAUGGGCAAGAAUGGAGGGAGUGACUCAGGCUUCCAGGGGAGUGGAGCUCUGUCCAGUGGAGGCUCAGAGAUCCACGCCGAGGACGCCUGCAGCAGCUCCUCCCGCGACCGCGACAGCCCGUCUGACUGCCUCUCUCCUGGGCCUCCUCUCCCCCCUCCUUCCUCCUCCUCCUUUGGGCGACCACUGCCUUCUUCAAGCCUCAACUCCCACGCUCCCUCUCAGCCCCUCUCCCUCUCCACUUUUGAUUUGGACAGGCUGUCGGACGAGCAUCUCCGCGCAAAGCGUGCCCGCGUGGAAAACAUCAUCCGCGGUAUGAGUCACUCGCCGUUGGUCCGGUCCAACGGCGACCACAACCAAGAUAUCAGCCGCGAAAAUGAGAAUUGCAGCAUCAACAGUAACAGCAGUAAUGGCCACAGAAGAGAGGGUAACUGCCGCAACACCAGCAGCCACAACCACAGCCGGAGCGACGGGCCUUCCUCCCUCCUGAGCUCUCCAGGUUCUCGGGGGGGUGUGGUCAGCGUUGGUGAAGUUUAUCGGGAGAAUAAGAGAAAGCAGCGGCUGCCACAGCAACAACAAUGCUUCACCCAGCUAGUGUGCUCCAGGCAGGAGCAGAGGCAGGAGGAGAGACGGCAACUCAAACUGCAGCUGGAGGACAUGCAGAAACAGCUGCGUCAGCUCCAGGAGAAGUUCUACCAGAUCUACGACUCAGAGACAGAGGAAGAUGAAGAGAACGGCGAGAGCAGAGAUGCUGACCGAGGCGGAGAAAGAGAUGAAGACGGCAACCUAUCAGAGGACAGUAUCCGCUCUGACGGCUUGGAGGAGAGGCACAGAGCCAGAGGGCGCCAUAGCAACCAGGAGCUGUCUGAGCUGGACCCAGGCCUGUUCCUGGAUCGGGCCCGAGCCCUCCUCAGAGAACAGGCCCUGAUAGAUGGAGAAAUGGAGGAGGAUGUGGACAGCAGGGAGGAGGUGGAGAGGAAUUUAGUAAGUGCGAUGAAGAGGAGAGGAGGAGCAGGAGGAGGAAGGCAGUUAGCGGAGACGCUGAAGCAGGAACUGAACUGUGCCGUGUCGCAGGUUGUUGACACCGUCGUCAAAGGCUUCUCCUCGCCCAAGCAGGCUGUCAGUCACCACGGCUGCCACAGCAGCACACCAGCUGCACCCUCCUCUUCCUCCACCUCGUCCUCUUCCUGUCCCCCACCUUUCUGCCCCCUUCCCUCCCUCACCCCAGACUCACGCUUUGGCGCUGGCGCCCUGGCCCUCAGUUUGAACGGGGACGGGAGCCCAACAACUAACUACCACUCCUCCAACCAGAGGCUGCACUGCUUCGGAGACGUUAUCAUCCCCAGCCCGCUGGACUCCUUCGGGGGUCUGAGUGGCAGACUGAGUGGGGUGCCCAUGCCCAGCGACCAGACAGAGGCUCUGCCCCUGGUGGUGCGCAAGAGCGGCGGGGGAGACAACACUCACCCCUCUCUUCCUCCUCCUUCUCACCAUCCUUCCCACCAUCCCUCCCUUCACCCCUCUCCCCUCACCGCCUCGCUCGGCUUUAGCCCUCCAUCCUUUCGCCACCCAUUCCCUAUUCCCCUUAUGGGGUAUCCCUUUCAGAGCCCUCUUUCACACGGGGGUGGAGCCGGCUACCCUCAAGGGCCCAAGGACCAUCAUCGGUCCUCCCCCGAUUCUAUGGACAUGACCAGGGAAACUCUCAGCCUCAGAACCAAAAUGGCAUCUCUCGGAGGGAGCCAUCUCAGUCAUCACCACCACCACCACCACCACCACCGGCAGAACUCACCGGAGGGUCUGUCCCUGUCCCUCAUCAAGUCUGAGUGUGGGGACCUUCAAGACAUGUCUGACAUAUCGCCCUACUCUGGCAGCACCAUUCAGGAGGGCUUGUCUCCCAACCACCUGAAGAAGGCCAAGCUGAUGUUCUUCUUCAACCGCUACCCCUCCUCCAACAUGCUCAAAAUCUUCUUCUCAGAUGUCAAGUUCAAUCGAUGCAUCACCUCCCAGCUGAUCAAGUGGUUCAGCAACUUCAGGGAGUUCUACUACAUUCAGAUGGAGAAGUUCGCCCGGCAGUCUAUCAACGAGGGGGUGACCUCUACAGACGAGCUGGCGGUGGGCCGUGACUCCGAGCUCUUCAGGGCGCUCAACAUGCACUACAACAAGGCCAACGACUUUGAGGUUCCCGAGCGAUUCCUGGAGGUGUCCCAGGUGACUCUACGUGAGUUCUUUAAUGCCAUCGUGGCUGGGAAGGACGCAGACCCGUCCUGGAAGAAGGCCAUCUACAAGGUGAUCUGCAAACUGGACCACGAGGUUCCCGAUGUCUUCAAAUCCCCAAACUGUCUACAAGAGCUCCUCCAUGACUGACUUGAGGCAAAGAAGAAGGAAAGGCGACCCGGAAGGAAGACCGUGGAGAAACACGCUUUGGUUAGACUAGGUUCAGUAAAAUGACGCUCUUAAUGCGAGACUUGAAGUGGUUCUACUUGGAGGCUUCUGGAGAGAUUUGAUGAUUUUGGUCAGCCCAACUUUUAAAGACAAACCUGCCCUCCAAAUGUUUUAUAAAGAAAAGAAUAUUCCUCUUGAAGGAGGCAGAGGGCUCAGAGUCAGACCAAUGAAAGAACUGUGAGACUUUUAUGAACAGUGGAAAUUGAACUUUGUUGCACUUACAGAAAGCCCGCAACUCGUCCAAGCCUGCUCUUCAUCCGCCUCUGGAGGAACACAAGGAUGAGGAAGAUGAUGGAUCCGGGGAGAACUGAAAAUAAAGAUGAUAAUAUAUAUAAAUCUUUUUAUUGUGGAUGUGUUUUAAGUUACAUGGGCAUUUUGGGGGGGAAAAAGUGAUGUUUCUGUAUUUUUGCUCCUUUGUAUAAGCUUCUCUCCUAUGAACCCCCAGUCACAUAGACACACACACACACACACACACACACACACACACACACAUUCUGAAUAGUAAAGCACAGUAGCAUUCCCAAAUCCCCAAGUGAACCCAGAAGAACUGGACAUGAAUAAACUUAGUUGUUGUUGAUUUAACUUUUUACUUCUCCCACUUCUUACUGUACUGAGACUUACUGGGUGUUUGUUUUGACCGUGUGGCUCUCCCUGCCCCCCCCCCCCCCCUUUACCCUUACUGCCCCUCUUGGCUCAUGUUGCUUUCUAAAUGAACUCAGAUCUGGAUACCACCAGUCCCAUUUUGUCAGAAACAAAGUGAGCCGAGACAAAGUGUGUCAGUUUGACAAGUUCAUCUCAGUUACUGCACUUACUAUUUAUUUCCUGUUCACCUAUAAAGACAUUUUUAAUUCACAUUUUGGUAUGUAGAAUUUGUUACAAAGUUAUACACUGAUUUUAGAGUCAGUAAAGAAAGAAAUACACCAGUAUGUAUUGAUCUGUGAUAAGCUAAUAUCUUAUAAGAUAAUAUUUUCAAUAUACUGUAUAGCGCUGAUGCUGGAUGAAUUCAGCACACAGUAUUGAGGACAUGUUAUUGAUGUAACCAUGUUGGUAUUGAUUUGGUUUUAAAACAUGAUUUGUAUACAGACACUUGCUUAUUGGAUUAUAACAUUUCAUUUUAAAACACUGGUGACCAAUCAGCCGCACGGAAAAUGUGGCUCAUUCAGAUAUAUCCGAUGAAAACUCUCCUUCCUUAUAAGAUCCUUGAAACUGUAAGUCACCACAAAGCAUCAUGGGAAAACCUGAUGUAUCUCCUUGCCAAGGGGGGCAGCAGCUUGGGUCAUGUGUGAAGUGUUUAAGGUUUUAACAGCAGAAAAAAAAAGACAUAGGACAAAAUGCUGAUAUUUGUAGCUUGUAUAGAUGUAAUACUCUGAUCACUCUGAUAUUGUUAUUAUUUAUAAUUGAAAUAAUUAUUCCUAUUAAUGUUAUUCUGAUGAUGAUGAUUAUUAUUAAUGCUUGCUACAGAUUUGACCAGUGGUUUACUCAUUGUUUAUCCAUCACAACUGCAACCUGAAAUAAAUUAUUCUUUGAA